UCCUGACCAACAUUAUAGCAAGCAGAGCGUUGUUCUGGUUGCUGUGUUGUGAUUUAAAAAAAAUUUUGUUGACAAGAGGAGCUUUAUGGAUAUAAGGCCCUCUUGACUAUUUAUUUGUCUAUUGCAGAAUUUACAUAUUAUAAUGCUAUUAAUUCCAUUCAAUUUUCUGUUUGCACAGAUUAUUAAUGUCCAUGCCCUGUUAUGCUUUUCAUUUUCAAACUUUGCUCUGACUUGUAUUUAAUUGUGGUGCUGACUGCAGGGCAUGAUGAUGCAUUGGACAGAAAACUACAUUUGAUCAAAUAAUUGUGUUUGGAUUACAUAUAAUGAUGUGUUUGGAUCACUUAUGAUAAUAAUUCUGCUGGUACAAAGCUCGGGAAUGGGUUGUACAUGCACGCUAAUAAGGUCAGAGUUAAGUACGUGCGACGGAGCUUCCCGAAACACGUUCCUCGCAGAGAUACGGUCGAAUGGGCCUAUCAGAAGCCUCGUUUCAUGGUAGGUACCCGGAUGUACCCGUGGGGCAAUUAGCUACGUCAUUGUUCACCGCCGGACACCCGCUGGAAAUAAGGAAUGGAUUUAAAACUGGUAUUAACGUAUUCAUAACAGAUUACAGCUAUGAACAAUGACCAUAGUUGACAGAUCUUCAGAAAAGUCUGACCACGAGUCAGUCGGAUUUAACCGAUCCUCCUUCACAAGUGGAGACGUGGGGAUGGACGGCAGUUGUUCCAGCAGUUGGGCAGUGGGUCCCACUAUGCCCAGUGACUCGCCGAGGCUAAAGUCUCCUGGAAGCUGCCUUGGUCCUACCCCUGGUGCUGCUGUCUACAACAGUACGCCCUCUUCUGUGGACCGGCCCAAAGACCAAGUUAUAGGCAGUGGGGAUGGAAUUGACCUCCCCCAGAAGGUCCUUUUCCCUCCUGAACGGCUCAGUCUGAAGUGGACCCAGGUUCAUCGCGUUGGUGCUGGCCUGCAGAACAUGGGGAACACAUGCUUCCUCAACUCAGCACUGCAGUGCCUCACCUACACGGCUCCAUUAGCCAACUACAUGAUGACACGGGAACACUCCAAAACAUGUCAUGAGCCAGGGUUCUGUAUGAUGUGCACCAUGCAAAACCACAUCAUUCAGGUUUUUGCCAACUCUGGGAAUGUCAUUAAGCCGAUCGGUGUCCUCAAUGAGCUCAAAAGAAUCGCAAAACACUUUCGCUAUGGAAGCCAGGAGGAUGCACACGAGUUCCUGCGGUACACAGUGGACGCUAUGCAAAAGUCCUGCUUACCUGGAACCAAAUUGGACAGGCAAACGCAGGCAACCACUUUCAUCCAUCAAGUAUUUGGCGGGUACCUUAGGUCCAGAGUGAAGUGUUUAAACUGCAAAGCUGUCUCCGAUACUUUUGACCCUUUUCUGGAUAUUACGUUGGAAAUUAAGACGGCUCCCACUGUUCCCAAAGCUCUGGAGCAGUUUGUCAAGCCAGAGCAACUGGAUGGUGAAAAUGCCUACAAAUGCACAAAGUGCAAAAAAAUGGUUACAGCCUCAAAGAGAUUUACAAUCCAUCGCAGCCCUAACGUGCUCACUCUUGCACUCAAACGAUUUGCAAACUUUACUGGAGGAAAAAUCACUAAGGAUGUGAAAUAUCCAGAGUACCUGGACUUGCGACCCUUCAUGUCUCAAUCUCAAGGGGAGGCCCAGCUCUACGGUCUCUUCGCUGUACUGGUUCACUCUGGGUUCAGUUGUCAUGCUGGACACUACUACUGCUAUGUGAAGGCCAGCAACGGUCAGUGGUAUCAGAUGAACGAUUCUUCCGUGUCUGUGAGCGAUAUCCGGUCUGUUCUUAACCAGCAGGCCUAUAUUCUUUUUUACAUUAGAUCCUCUGAUGUGAAAAGAGCUGGGGAUUACACCAACUUGAGCCAUAACCCGGGCAUCUCUGGUCAGUCAUCUCCACGUCCGGUGGUGACACCACGCAUCAACACCAUCGCCCACCACAACAUUGGUUUCAUAGGUCCCCAGCUCCCACCUCACAUGACCAAGGGUACUCUCCAUGUUAAUGGGAAUGGAUCUCUGCGAGAGUAUUCCUCCAACUCAAAGGCCAGCUCCAGCAGUAGUGCGGUGGGUAAAGCCGGUAAUGGAAUGGCUUCCUCUUCCAUCUCCCACUCAGUCAGUAGACCCACGAUGAUCCCAGAUCAAGACAAACGACAAAAGCUUUCAUUUUUUAUUGGACAAAGCAAACAGAACCGACCAUCAGCUUACAGUCAGCCGCCCUCUGCAAGCAGCUCCUCCUCCAGCUCUUCAUCCUCCUCACAGUCUACCUCAGACAUCCACUCAGAUGUUCGCUUUGUUCCACGUCAGCUUAACCAUGUUAAUGGCACGUCUUGCAGUAACGGUGACCACUCCAAAGGUGGUAAUGGAGCAUCUUUCCUGGUUCCGUACAGCCAGGAGUCCUCAGAAGAAUCAGACCAGGAGAACUGUGGCACUUUGGAUAAUACGUUCUUAUCCAAGUCUCAAUCUAAGGGAAGUAAUGUCACAGUCAGUUUCUGUGCCACUUCUCCAAAAACCACUAAUGGGGAGUCAGGAGUACACCAUAAUGGUAAUGAAUUAAACGGACCAACCUCUGGAGUAUCCAAGUCUAACCAAAAUGGACACUAUUAUGGACACCACAAAGUGAAUGGACACAACAACCCUGAGAAGAUCUCCAGCGGUCAUGGCACUUCAUCCUCUGUCACAGCUGUUGUUAAUGGACUAGGCACUGACCACAGUCAACCAAAUAAAGAGGCACAUGAAUCUGCCUCAUCCCAGACCAGUUCUUCUCAGACCAUUCAUCCUGCUGCUAAUGAAAGCGACACAAGGGCUAAAACUCUGUCUGAACCCCUGCCUCACCAUACAUCAACCUCUGCUGUUACCUCUUCACCUCCAGCUACUGCUACUAAGACUUGCUCUGCUGCAUCCAGAGAAUCUGCUUCUUCUGGGCAUCAUGUCAAACCUGAGGCCUUAUCCUUGGAGUCAGAGUGCUCGCAGAGCACCAGUGGAAUAUCUUCAGCUCUACAGAAUGUUACCAAAUGUGUAGAUGAAGAUAAAGAUUCCUCACAGACCAAUGGUCCAUCAGAAGGAACUGAAGGACAUAAAGAAAACAAGGAGCAGUACAUGUCCAAGCCUUUUUCUAGAGGCAAUGAAAGGCGAGCUUCUCGAGAUGGGGAGAGAAGCAGACUGUACUCUGAUCAUAGCAGGGACCGGGAGAUGCACUACAGGGACAGGAGUCAGAUCCGAGAAAGUAACAGUGACCGUCAUCGAUUCAGACAAGACCACCGAAAUCACUAUCGUUCAUGCAAAGAUCGUUUGCCCCCUGAACGUAACUACAAGGACUGGGAGCCUGAGCGUCAUCGUGACCGAAGGGAGCACGACCGUGACAGACGCUCUUACCAUUACAGCCAGUACUACCAGCGAUCUUAUGUGGAUCAUGAGCAGAAGGGAUACAGUGGAAGGGAGGAGUUUUACAGUCGUGGGAGGUGGCAGCAGGACAGUCAAGAAUCCCGCGCAAUGAAGGAAAAGAGGAGUGCCUGGGAGAGAGACUAUUACCGCUCAAAAGAGAGGAUUUCGUCCCCUGCUGCAGAAAAAAAACAGGUCCAAGGGCUCUCCCCCAUGGGCUCGCCUGUCCAGUUUUGACUCUGCUCCUAAAAGGGAGGAUCAGAGUCACAGGAGGACUACUGAUCACCUGAGAAAGGAGCGAGAUGAUAGCUCUGAGGCCCACCGCUCUAAGAAACACAAAAAAAGCAAGAAAAAGAAGAAGUCAAAAGAUAAAUACAAGCACCAUGAGAGCGGAAGCUCCGACAUGGAUUCAGACCGAGCCAUCGAAACAAGAAAGAAAAAGAAGAAGAGGCGGCACAGGGACAGUGAUCCCGAGCACCGUAGCCCAGAUGCAGCUCUGAGCCACAAGAACAGAAGCAGUGAAGAAAAGGAGAGCCGUAAACGACUUUACUCUGACUGUAAAGACUCUGAACAUGACGAUGGCUUUCCAUCUGAAAAACGUCACCGCACAGACUACAGUGACAGCAGCAGGGACCAUCUACACCCCCCACGUCACACCCCACCCUCAAACGGUUCAGCUCACCACCAUCACAAUGGAUACACAGGAAACGGUUACAGCCGAACCAAUGGCAACUCCCAUUGAUCCUCCAGUGGCCUCCAACAGUGACUCUCCCCAUCUACACCAUUUUAACAACAGCAGAGGAAUGAAAUCAAGUUUUUAUAGUGGUGCUUCUUCAUAGGGAAUAUAUAGAAUUUUUACCACAACUAAAAUGUUUUUAAAUGUGCAAAAAUACCUUUUUUUUUUUUCCCUGCAUUUUUUACGGUGUUGAUUGAUUUGCCGUAAAUCUCCUUACUGUUGUCAAUAACUGUCACCUAUUGAACAAUUAAGAUGAAAAAAGUAAUAUGAGAGCCAGAAACAUGUCAGCUGCUGCUCAGUGGAACUCAGGACUUGAAAACUUGUCGACAUCAGUUUUCCACCUGCUUCAAACAAGAAUGAAACAAAAAGGAGAAUAAUUAAAAAGCAUCAUGUUUGUUAAAAAGUGUAAGAUAUCAUAUAUACAGAGUUGCAAUGUUUUUGAGGGUUUUUUUGUUUUUGAUCUCACUGGGUGCGGUCAAACUAACAGAGGAGAUAUUUAUGAAUGAGAUGGAUGAGUGCAGUGGUGGAGGCAAGACUUAGCUGGCUUAUACCUCCAUGUUAACCCUGGACAGACUUGAGAACAUUUCUCAGCUUUUUUUUUCUUUGUGCGCUCUUUGUUUCCAUUUCCCUCUGAAGCUCAAGACUCUCACAUCAACUCUGUCAUCUGAAAACGUGUUAAUGAGGUCUCCUUCUGGAUCAUUCUUCUUUCUCCCGUCCUUUUCAUUUAAAACCUUCAAAAAGAAAAGCAUCUGAUUUUUUCUUUUUUUAAACAUGGCUGUGGACCAUUUUUGUUUGCUUGUGUCCUCUAGCAUCAUUAAAAAAUACUGUGAAUUUCAUUUAAAACUGUAUUAUCAGUUGUUUUUAUAUGUAAAAAUCCUGUAUCAGGAUUCUCAUGUUUGUUUUUAAAUGGGUUUGCUUUUUCGGGGGGGGGGGGGUCUUUUUCAACUUCAGAACAAAGUUGAGAAAACUGCUGUUAUACCUUUUUAGUUUAGCAUGUCUGAAUUUAUACAUUGUAUAAGGUAAACGCCUUAAAGUACAUUUGGUAAUGUCAGAAAUUGUAAUUUGUUCUUGUAUCUUGUUUACAAGCUGUGUUGAAAUGAAUGAAAGAUUCUGAUUGAGAUGUGGGGGAUUUUUUUUGUUUUUUUUUACUUUGUAUUAUAGAGAAUUGACUGUAUUCAGGCCUCUUGCUGAGCAAACUUUCUUCAUCAGUUAAAUUAUAAUGUAGAACAUUA